GCGUAUGUUCAGGAGUUUGCAUCUAAAACUCGACUUCUUGCCACUACGGGAAUUCAAAUAUUACAAUUGGUCGAAAAGGCACCACAAGUUCUUUUGGGAGAUGGGAACUUCGCGAAAAUGCAUGAUGCGGCUCAGAAGAUACUUGGUGUGCAUAGUGAGGUGCCACGUGUUAAACCCUACCAUCCCGGUCCAAGUCAACAUCGCGACACAUGUACAGAAAAAAAAGACGUAUCGAAGGACUACGUGAAGGGCGUCGUAUCACAGCUAGCUGAUGACGUGUUCUGGAAUGAUCCUGACACAUUAGUGAUGAUAGAUGAGAUUAUGAAAGCGGUUGAAGAGCAGGAUCGCUUCAUGAGAAUGCAACGUGACGUCCCUAGCUUCAGCUUGGGCUUAUCUUCAGAUGACGAUGCCGGCGAUGUUGCUGAACGUCAACAUACGAGUGACAAUGUAUUUAAACAGCCGGGUGGGAUGCAACCUGAAGUUGACGUGCAAAAAUUGGUCCUCGGUUUAUCUGAUAAGACGACUAGGACAUUUGACAAGACACCGACUAUUGAAGUUUCUGGCUUGGUCCCUGAUCAGUGCGUUACUACAGAGACUGGAGAGGCUGGUGAUGCUGACAGGUCACCGAGGUCGAAAAGGCAUGUCAAUGAAACAAGUGCAGCCAAGUCUCCUUAUAUCGAGAGGACAAUUGACGUGAAUAAGAAACUCGACGGACACGAGAGAACAAUCGCUAAUUGGACAUUAAAGAAUGAUGUCAAUGAUGA